AUGGAGCGCGAAAUCGUGGAGCGCAACAUUGACAUUUAUGCCGCGAAGCUGGGGGAUGCUAACAUUGAAUCAAAAUUCAAAACGAAUGUAGCUGUUGAGCUGCGCGACUCGUUGGAGCAACUAUGUUCUCCUCCGACCUACACCAUGUUCUUGACGAAAUUAUGGCCUGUUUGUAAGCGAAUAUUGAAAGGCGACCCUGUGUUCGUGAGCAUGUCAUGGGAACAGAAAUUGCGAAACUGUAUUCUGGAAAUCCUACAUCGCUUGCCCCUGGACCUCCCUGAUGUCGAACCCUACGCUGGUGAUAUGGUUGAUCUUUUGAUGGAACUGGUCAGAGUGGAAAAUGAAGAAAAUGCUGUUCUCUGUAUGAAGACAAUUAUGGAUCUUGAGCGUCGACAAAUUCGAGCAACGCAGACCAGAGUCCAGCCGUUUCUUGAACUUAUACGGGAUAUGUUUGAAGGCAUGCCGCAGGUUGUCAAAGACACAUUUGAUAUGCCAACACAAAGUUCAACUCCUGGCAUGAUGCCCUCAACCCCCAGUGGCGCUCAAAAUUUCCAGUCACCACGGCCAAGUUCACCUGCUACCUCUGUCUCGGACCUUGUUCCCGAUCAACAAGGCAACCAGCAACUGCUGAAAGGCAUGCAGUCCUUCAAAGUCCUUGCCGAAUGUCCGAUUAUCGUCGUUUCUAUAUUUCAAGUUCACCGUUCCUUGGUAGCGCAGAAUGUAAAGGUUUUUGUUCCUCUCAUAAAAGGAAUUCUACUUCUCCAGGCUAAACCACAGGAAAGAGCGCACACAGAGGCUUUUGCGCAAGGAAAAAUAUUCACUGGAAUAUGCAAAGAAAUUAAGAACCGAGCUGCCUUCGGAGAAUUUAUUACCGCACAGGUCAAAACGAUGAGCUUUCUCGCCUAUCUACUCAGGGUAUACGCCAAUCAUCUACAAGAUUUUCUUCCGUCGCUCCCUGGUGUGGUUGUACGGCUACUACAGGACUGCCCUAGAGAGAAGUCAAGUGCGAGGAAAGAGUUACUUGUUGCGAUUCGACAUAUCAUCAACUUCAACUACCGCAAGAUAUUUCUGAAGAAACUGGAUGAACUUCUGGAUGAACGAACCUUGAUUGGUGACGGCCUUACUGUUUAUGAAGCUUUACGGCCUUUGGCAUACAGCAUGCUAGCUGACCUAAUUCAUCAUGUUCGGGAAUCUCUGAACCGCGAUCAAAUUCGACGAACCGUAGAAGUGUAUACGAAGAACUUGCAUGACGAUUUCCCCGGCACUAGCUUCCAAGCCAUGAGUGCAAAGUUGCUACUCAAUAUGGCAGAGAAAAUAUCAAAACUGGAAGAUAAGCGUGACGCUCGAUACUUUUUGAUUGUUAUUCUUGAUGCAAUAGGUGACAAAUUUGCUGCUAUGAACCGCGAAUUCAAAAACGCAAUCAAAGCAUCGGAAGAUGUAAGGGAUAACCCUGAUGGGAUCGAAAACUACCUUGCAGACAAGGACCACCCGCCUGACUGGGAUGAAAUUGAUAUCUUCUCUGCAACGCCGAUCAAGACUUCAAACCCUAGGGACAGAAAUGCGGACCCUGUCGCCGAUAACAAAUUUCUGUUUAAGACUCUAGUGAAUGGUUUGAAGGGAUUGUUUUAUCAGCUUAAGGCUUGUAACCCCGAAGACGUGAAAAUCGACCCCUCAAGCGUCCUGAUCAAUUGGGCAGAGGUAUCUUACGGGUAUAAUGCAGAAGAGGUUCGGAUUAUUAAAAAAUUGUUUCAUGAAGGUGCUGCCGUGUUUCGAUACUAUGGCGUGGGUGACCCAGAGCCUGAACUACAAUAUACCUCUCCCCUAGAAUUCAUUACCAGCCAGUACAUGCAGCAGAUGAGCAAGGAAGAGAAAGAUCUUCUAGAAAGCUUUGGAACUGUGUUUCAUUGCAUUGAUCCUGCAACUUUUCAUGAAGUUUUCGACAGCGAAAUGCCCUAUUUGCAUGACCUAAUGCUGGAGCAUAGUGCUUUACUACACCUGCCACAAUUCUUCCUGGCUAGCGAGGCAACAUCACCAGCUUUUGCGGGGAUGGCGUUACAAUAUUUAAUGAGUCGUAUUCAUGAAGUUGGGUCCGCCGAUAUGAAGAAGUCGAGGAUACUGCUACGGAUGUUUAAGCUUUCUUUCAUGGCCGUCACGCUUUUUUCAGCACAAAACGAGCAAGUGUUGCAUCCUCAUGUUACUAAGAUUGUAACGAAAUGCAUAGAACUUUUUGUUACCGCCGAAGAACCGAUGAAUUAUUUUCUUCUACUUCGUUCUCUGUUUCGGAGUAUCGGCGGGGGUCGCUUUGAGUUGCUGUAUAAAGAACUUUUGCCGUUGCUUGAAAUGCUUCUCGAGACCUUUAACAACCUACUGAUGGGUGCUAGGAAGGUUCAAGAGCGAGACCUCUAUGUCGAACUUACCUUGACAGUACCCGCCCGACUUAGUCAUUUACUCCCUCAUCUUAGCCAUCUUAUGCGGCCCCUGGUAGUCGCCCUUCGUGCAGGCUCUGACCUAGUCGGUCAAGGCUUGAGGACCCUUGAGCUUUGUGUUGAUAAUCUUACAGCGGACUACCUGGAUCCAAUAAUGGCACCGAUCAUGGAUGAGCUUAUGACGGCACUUUGGGACCACCUUCGACCAAACCCAUACAGCCAUUUUCACGCCCACACGACUAUGAGAAUUCUUGGGAAACUAGGGGGCAGAAACCGAAAAUUUUUAAACCAUCCUCCUGAUCUUUCGUUUCAACAAUAUUCAGACGACACACCAAGUGUGGAUGUGAAACUUACGGGGUCUAAUAAAGAAAGGCCAUUUCCUCUGGAUAUUGGCAUUGAUUUGGCUUUGGGGAAGCUACUUGAAAUCCCGAAAACCCCUGCUGCGAAGGCCUCCGACACUUUCUAUAAGCAGCAAGCAUAUCGCAUGCUGAGCUCUCAGCUUAAACUUUAUAUCGGAUUCGAAAGUCUGCCCGAAGAUUUUGCAGAAUCGUUGAGAAUUCAGGCCAAUGAAAUCAGUGAAUCUAGAUUUUCUAGUGGUAUUGAUAUAAUGGAGAAGUCAGAACGCCAAUAUUCAAUUCCCAAAAAGAUUGCACAGGAAGAAACUUUGAAAAAGCUUCUCAAGGCAUGCAUGUAUGCGACAACCAUCCCCGACCUCAAACAAAAUGCGUCCAGGUUUUUGGCGGAUGUCUGCCGUCAUUUCACGAUUCUCGAAGUAGGACGAGCCGUUGCCCAAGCAAAACAUUCUCGACGACCGUUCAAUGUCUCCAUGGGAGAAGGACCUCUUCAUUUGGAUACUAGAGUACUGUCCGAUGCUGUGAUCGAAUGCUAUGCAUCUGAUAACCCAGCGGUACGAGACGCCGCUAAGGAGGCAAUGUUUACUGUCCGUGAUUCCGCUAUUGCCAUCUUUGGGUCUGUUGCAAAGAUCGGCAAACUUCCAUUCUUUCCACAUCUCGCUCGAUCCUUCUGUCAUGCUUGUCAUGAUGAAGAAUGGUUCAUGAAGGCUGGUGGGAGUCUAGGAAUUUACCUGCUUGUCACGGAUCUCGAUCUUGGCGAUGCCUGGCUGAUGGAGCGCCAAGCGGAGUUCGUUCGUGCCCUGAUGUAUGUCAUCAAGGAUACGCCUUCGGAUUUCCCUGCAAGUACUCGUAUCCGUGCCCAAGAAGCGCUAGAUUUCGUCCUUCGGAGGUGCACCAAAGGCCUAACAAACGAAGAACUAAAAAAUGACAAAAGUAGACUUUUUGGUCUUUGUGGAUUCCUGGUGCAUGACCUAUCACACAUGAAUAAGCAUGUGCGUGAGGCCGCACGAAAUGCAUUUAAGACUAUCGGCCAUUCUGUUGGGGCUGAAGUUCAUGAACUACUAUUUCCCGUGAAAGAUCGGCUACUUUUGCCAAUCUUCAAUAAACCAUUACGCGCUCUUCCAUUUUCCACUCAAAUCGGCUUCAUCGAGGCAAUAACAUUUUGUCUUGGUUUGCAUCGGGACAUAGUGACGUUCAAUGAUCAGCUCAAUCGUCUUUUAAUGGAAUCUUUGGCACUCGCUGACGUGGAUGAUGAUUCUCUCGCUACGAAGCCUCAUGAGUUUAAAACUGCCGAACAAAUUGUAAGCCUCCGUGUGGCGUGCCUUCAUUUGUUAUCCAUGGCCAUGGGGUUUCCUGAUUUUGCCAGCGGCACUCAAAAUACCAGCCGUGCUCGUAUAAUUGCCGUUUUUUUCAAAUCACUUUAUUCUAAAUCCCCAGAGAUCAUCGAAGCUGCGAACUCUGGUCUACGGGACGUAUUGACACAGACAAAUAAACUUGGCAAGGAUCUACUCCAAAAUGGGCUGCGCCCAAUUUUGAUGAAUCUUCAAGACCCCAAGCGGUUGAGUGUUGCGGGACUGGAUGGCCUGGCACGAUUACUCACUCUUCUUACCAAUUACUUCAAGGUUGAAAUUGGGGCACGUUUGCUGGAUCAUAUGAAAACAAUUGCAGAUGAUAUCGUCCUCCAGAAGGUAUCGUUUGGUUUGGUUGAACAGAGUCCCCAGAUGAAAAUCGUGGCUGCAAUAUUCAACAUUUUUCAUCUUCUUCCCCCUGCAGCUACCUCAUUCAUGGAUAAUCUAGUCAACAAAGUCCUUUCCUUGGAAGAGAAACUCCGAAGAACUGCUAAUAGCCCUUUCAGAAAGCCGUUGGUCAAAUAUUUGAAUCGAUAUCCUAAAGAAAGCUGGUCUUUCUUCCAAGUCCGAUUCCAUGAUGAAAGGUUCGGGCGCUUCUUUGGGCAAUUGCUCGCUGAUCCGGAAAGUUCAUCGUUAAGGGCUGCAGUGGCAGCAGAUACGAACACUUUCGUCACAAUUGCAUUCUGUCAGUCGGAAUCUCCGGCUCGGAACACCGCUGCCAUCAAUGGCAUAUGUGCCGCCUAUUCGAUGUCUUGUUAUGAUGCUACGAAAGGAUGGCUUUCCGGAAGCCCCGAUUUGAAGCGACAUCUUUUGAAUGCCGGUCGGGACCUUGAGUCAAAACUACGAGGCGAUAAGUUGCCAGUGAAUGAACGACUGAGAGUCAAACAAGCAGAGGAACAAUUAAUAGAGAUAUUCACCGUCUAUCUCUCCCAGAACCUCCAGGAUCUGGAUUUUCUUUUCGACUUGAUUGAUAAGAUUUCUGCAGGUGAAUUGAAAUCUACCAUUGCUAUGCCAAAAUUUCUUUUUGGAAAUAUCAUCUGCAAUGAUUCGAUUGAUUAUCGGAGAUCUGUCAUAAUGCGUUGUCUAGACUUGUUCUCUCAACGAAGCUCGUCACAAAAGCUAAAAACCUAUGCCUUUCGAAACCUCGUAAAUCCAAUCCUCGCAAAGGACGUGCAAAAAACUUGGGGAAGCCCAAAUACAGGCCCCAAAUUAAUGGAUAAAAGCAUGACUGAGUCUAUCCAUAAUCGUCUAUGGAAACCGCAGCUUGGUGAUAUUAGCGAGGAGUCCUCUCAAACAGGUGUUGAUCAUUCGCGAAUGGCGUUGCUGCAGCUUUCUGCUCUUCUGAUCAAAUAUCAUCACGCAACUGUACAAGAGACUCGUAAAGACAUUAUCAAAUUCGCUUGGAGUUAUAUUCGCCUUGAAGACAUCAUCAACAAAUACGGUGCUUACGUGUUAAUCAGCUAUUUUAUUGCUCACUAUGAAACCCCUUCCAAGAUAGUGAUCCAGAUAUACGUCGCUCUGCUGCGAGCCCAUCAAAAUGAAGGCAAAGCUCUUGUGGCACAAGCUCUCGAGAUAUUAGCACCAGUUCUUCCUAAGCGUGUCAACUCGACAGGUGACACCAGAUAUCCGCUCUGGGCAAGAUGGCCACGCCGUAUCCUUGCUGAGGAGACUGCAAACUUGCAGCAAGUCAUGAGCAUCCUUCAAUUCCUUGUUCGUCAGCCCGAUUUAUUCUACGAAUCUCGUGAAAAUUUUGUUCCUCUUAUCGUGCCCUCUUUGGUUAAAAUCGCAGCGCCCCCUAGCCCAUCUAUGGAGAGCAAAAAGCUUGCUCUUAAUUUAAUCGGUUUAAUAUGGACUUGGGAGAAACGGCGAGUGAAAGAACAAAUAUCCGCAAGUCCAAAGUCAAGAAAACGAAAAUUAGACGAAGUCCAAGGUUCUCCGUCUCUGCCGCCAGGGCCGCUUCCCCCAAAAGACCGCCCAGACUAUAUGGUACCACUUGAUCUAAGAACAGCCCUUAUUAAGUAUUUGGUAACGUUUAUCUGCGGACUACCAGAGCGAUUCGCUGUCCCAGCAGCAAAAUUACGCGAACUGCCGUCGCCAAAGACGCCCCCUUUUGUUAUGUAUGGAGACAUGAUUACUCGAGCUGUACAGUUGCUACGGAAUCUUCUCUCUUCUGGUUUCUGGACUGAUCUUGACAUUGAUCUUUACCAGAAAGUCACUGAGCCAAUCCUUGCUGGCGAGAAGGCAGAAAAGCCAGAUGAGAAACACAUCACUGGUAUGGUUAAUUCGCUGCAGGUAUUACGGGUACUACUUGCGGCUAAACCAAAUGAAUGGGUUGCCAGUCGUGCACCUAUUGUUCAAGGACUAUUAGAAAAAGCAUUGCGGCUGGACAACCCGGAACUCCAGGAUUGUUUACAUGGUAUUGAAGAUGACAUGGAUAUUGCCCCUAAACUUCCUCCACCUGUUAAGCGGGUGCUGGAUUCUUUACCUCAAAGCCAACCAGCGGAUGAUGACUCUAUGGAUGUCGAUGAUACGCCCACUGAAUUUGUCACGUAUUUAUCUGCGAUUGCUACGGAGUCUCUUUCUGCCAAUAAUUACGUGUCAGCUAUUAACAUUCUUUGGACUCUCUCAAAUAGCCGUCCAGCAGAGAUGGAUCAGCAUAUUCCACAUGUGAUGAAAGUUCUUUCACAAAAACUGGCAAAAGAUCAUGUUGCUGUUUAUACUAACAAUCAUAACAAUACCCCUAAUAAUAGAAAUGGGAACUCAGAGCAAGCUGUCACUGAUGAACAGGAAUUUGAGCUUGGAGUGAACCUUAUACUCAAGACAAUUGACCUAAUUGCUGCCCGUAUGUCACAGCUGGGCGAACAGCGACGACCAUUUCUCAGUGUUCUUGCUCAACUGGUUGAGCGAUCACAAAAUGCUCAACUGUGCUCCAAAGUGUUGGGAAUGGUUGAGUCUUGGAUAUUCCAUUCCACAGAGUCCUGGCCAACAUUAAAAGAAAAGACUGCAGUAUUGCAUAAGAUGUUACUGUUCGAAACAAGGCAAGACCAAACAAUGCUGAAGAAAUUUCUAGAGCUGGUGAUAAAAAUUUAUGAAGACCCCAGGAUUACACGGACAGAACUCACUGUUAGACUGGAACAUGCUUUUCUUAUUGGAACGAGAGCCCAAGAUGUUGAAAUGCGCUCUCGUUUCAUGGCUAUCUUUGACCGAAGCUUGACACGAUCUGCAUGCCGGCGACUCACUUACGUUCUUACUUCACAGAACUGGGAUACCCUGGCAGACUCCUUUUGGCUAACGCAGGCUUCUCAAUUGGUUAUGGGAUCGCUUGAUGUGAACUAUCCGGCAAAACUACACCCGGAAGACUAUACACUAGCGCCGACCUCGUUUUUGUUCAGCCAUAUGGAGAAAGAUCCAUCGAAAGACAACGUUAUAGUGGACAGUAGUUUAGAGUCAUUGGUCGCCGACCAUCGGAGCUUCUGCUUAGAACUUGCUGAUGUCAAAGUUCGUGACCUCCUAGAUCCUCUAGCCCAGUUACAACAUGCCGAUCCGAAAACUGCUUACCAAGUAUGGGUUACACUCUUUUCGAUUUGUUGGUCUGCGUCAACCCGAGAAGAGAGGAUUGAUUUAGAAAAAGGGGUUGUGACGCUAUUAACUAAGGAGUAUCACCAAAGACAGCUUGAUGACCGGCCUAAUGUUGUCCAGGCUUUGCUUGAAGGCGUAAUACGGGCCAAACCGCGUUUCAAAAUUCCCCCGCACGUUCUCAAAUUCCUCAGUAGGACCUAUGACGCUUGGUAUAUAGCGGCUGUUGCCCUUGAGCAGUCAGCUAUAAGCCCUAUUAUCGAUACCCCGACUGUACGGGAAAGCAAUCUUGACGCACUCGUUGAAAUCUAUUCUGGUUUGCAGGAGGACGAUAUGUUCUAUGGAACUUGGCGAAGACGUUCUAAAUUUGUUGAAUCAAAUGCUGCGCUUUCCUACGAACAGCAAGGGAUGUGGGAUAAGGCACAACAACUUUAUGAAUCGGCUCAGAUAAAGGCGCGUACUGGCGCUAUUCCGUUUUCUCAAGGCGAAUAUUUCCUCUGGGAAGAUCACUGGGUUCUCUGUGCUCAAAAAAUGCAACAGUGGGAAAUUCUGGGAGAUUUUGCUAAGCAUGAAAAUUUCAAUGAUUUAUUGCUUGAGUCUAUUUGGAGAAGCUUGGACAGCUGGCAGGGCGAUUCUAAUCGAGAACAGAUAGAAUCUCUGAUCAAAUCCGUCUCUGAUGCUCUUACUCCAAGACGAGCUUUCUUUCAAGCGUUUAUGUCACUUCUGAAAUUCCAUUCGAAACAAGAAAGCCCUCAAGAGUUUCAUAAUAUUUGUGAUGAAGCAAUUCAACUGGCAAUCCGCAAAUGGCACCAGCUUCCGAAGCGCAUCACCAACGCCCACAUUCCAGUUUUACAGCUAUUUCAACAACUUGUUGAGCUACAUGACGCAAGUGUGAUUUGCAGUAGCUUAAACCAGACAAAUGAGAGGAAUCUAGACACAAAGUCUGCCGAAUUGAAGCUUCUUCUUGGCACCUGGCGUGAUCGACUCCCUAACGUAUGGGACGAUAUCAACUCUUGGCAGGAUCUUGUCACCUGGAGGCAGCAUAUCUUCCAACUGAUCAACAAUACAUAUCUUGCACUCCUGCCUCCACAGACUAAUAGUGUUGCCAGUAAUUCUUAUGCCUACAGAGGUUACCAUGAAACUGCCUGGAUUAUCAAUCGAUUUGCCCACGUUGCCCGGAAGCACCAAAUGUCCGAUGUUUGUAUAACUCAACUCGGCCGCAUUUAUACCCUCCCGAACAUUGAGAUUCAGGAAGCAUUCUUGAAACUAAGAGAGCAAGCAAAAUGUCACUAUCAGAAUCCGAAGGAGCUUACCAAUGGUCUAGACGUUAUCAACAACACCAACCUAGGAUAUUUUGGUGCGCAGCAGAAAGCAGAAUUCUUCACCCUGAAAGGCAUGUUUUUAGCAAAAUUGGAUCAGCCAAACGAUGCCAACGAUGCGUUUGGGGUUGCGUUAUAUUAUGACCUGCGGCUUCCAAAGGCCUGGGCCGAAUGGGGCCAGUAUAGUGACCAGCGGUUUAAGGCAGACCCAACCGAUAUGGAGCUGGGAAGUAACGCUAUGAGCUGCUAUCUCGAAGCAGCAGGACUUUAUAAAAAUCACAAGUCAAGAAAACUUCUGAGUCGUAUUCUGUGGUUGCUAAGCCAAGAUAAUGAUGAAGGUAAAAUUUCGGGAGCGUUUGAGAGUUUCAAAGGCGACACUCCAGUUUGGUAUUGGAUUACCUUCAUACCGCAGCUUCUUACCAGCCUUUCACAUCGCGAAGCUCGGCUUUGCAAAGCGGUACUUGGGAAAAUUGCGAAACUCUAUCCCCAAUCGUUGUUUUUUCUGUUACGUACUUCACGCGAGGAUUUACUAGGGAUCAAGAAGAACCAGGAGCAGAAGCAAGAAAAGCUUAAUCGUAUGAAGCAGCAACAGGGAUCUCCUCAGAUUAAGACUGAGAACAAACCAGCCGCCCAGAAUACAGAGGGAGGAGCAAAUUCUGCAGCUGGCGCUGGCUCUCCUAGUUUAUCGGGACAGACAAAUCCAGCGCCACCACAGACUAAUGCGACUCCUGAGACGACGCAGAAGGAAAAACAACCCUGGGAAUAUGCUGAAGACAUCAUGGCGGGCCUGAAAACAGCAUUCCCCUUACUGGCACUAUCGAUGGAGACAAUGGUGGAUCAAAUUCACAAGAACUUCAAAUGUCCACCAGACGAAGACGCAUAUCGUCUCAUCGUAGCACUUCUCAACGACGGACUUGCGUAUGUGGGUCGGAUGCCUUCUUCAUAUGCACAAGAUUUCAAGCUCCCACAUUCCACUGAAGCCAACAUCACACGAUUUGCGGAAACAAUUCUUCCAGCCCAUAUUCGAAAGUCAUUUGAGGCGGAUUUUGUCAUUAAAAAGCCAACAAUGUACGAGUAUAUACAGAAACUUCGCAAGUGGCGUGAUAAAUUUGAGGAGAAACUCGAUCGUCGCCCUCAGUUUCAAUUCCUUGAAUCGUAUUCUCCCCAUCUUAGUGAAUUCAAAUUCCAGAAAUUUGACGAAGUGGAAGUUCCCGGCCAAUACCUAGAACAUAAAGAUAAAAACCAGGACUUCGUGCGUGUUGACCGCUUUUUACCAAAUGUCGACCUUGUACGAGGGAUUGGUGUAUGUCACAGGCGAUUAAAGAUGCGUGGCCACGACGGGAGUGUGCAUGCCUUUGCUGUUCAGCAUCCAGCCGCUCGUCAUUGUAGACGUGAGGAGAGAAUGCUGCAGCUCUUCCGAAUUUUCAAUUGCAUUCUCCGCAAGAGAAAAGAAAGCCGUCGCCGAAAUAUUUACUUCUAUCUUCCACUGAUGGUUCCCCUUGCGCCACAUAUACGACUCGUUCAGGAUGAUCCGACUUACAUCACAUUGCAAGGAAUAUACGAAGACCAUUGCCGCCAAACUGGUAUGAAUAAAGACGAGCCCAUGUUGUAUACUAUGGAGAAAAUGCGGGCACUCGCAGAAAAUAAGGUUAAUCGUGCCCCAGAUCAUUCUGUCGUGUUACGCACAGAAAUAUUCUCUGCAAUCCAACAAAAAUGGGUUCCAAAUACUGUUUUAUUACAAUUCAUUCAGCAGAUUUACCCUCAAUAUUCGGAUUUCUGGCUUUUUCGUCGCCAAUUCUCCUACCAAUACGCGGCCAUAGCGUUCAUGACGUACGUCAUGCAUAUGGGCAACCGGUAUCCGAGCAAGAUCCAUAUCUCUCGUCGAACUGGCGAUAUCUGGAGCUCUGAGCUAAUACCGGCAAUGAAUAACGUUAAAGCGUUGUUCUACAACCCCGAGCACGUUCCAUUUCGACUCACACCUAAUAUUCAAACGCUGAUGGGGCCAUUGGCAACAGAAGGAAUCUUUGCUUGUGCUAUUAUGGCAAUUGCACGAUGUCUAUCGGAGCCUCGACUCGAGUUAGAGCAACAACUUAGCAUUUUUGUUCGAGAUGAAUUGUUGAUUUGGGCUGCUGCACAGCAACGUGUCUUGCCGCAAAUGCGUGACCUUGUGCAGAACAACAUUGACUUCAUUGUCAAUCGUGCAAUUAGUCUGGCCAGCCCACCCGAAGGCAACCUACCGGCCAACCAGUCUGUUAUCGAUCUUAUUUCCAAGGCAGCGAACCCGCAAAGUUUAGCGCAGUGCGAAGCAUUAUGGAUGCCAUACAUGUAA